CACUCCAGCUCGUACUCCCAUGGCUCCGUCGUAGUCAAUAAAUUACUUCCACCUGAAGGCAAUGCGCAAACAUGUGUGUGACAACGAAAAUUUAUCUGUCUGCGCUAAGUGAAACGGAAAAUCCUCUUCUAAAACCUCUCUUUAUCAAUAUUCACAAAACAAUAAAAAUAAAAAUAAAACAAAAUCAUCGUAAUUGAGCGCCAUAACAUUUAUCACGUAAGCUUCAAACACACUCCCGGGACGGUGCAGAUUUUUCCAGACACCGGGGCUUGUGACACCUUCACAACCUAGAGCAUUUAUAAAAUAACCCAGGCAACUAAUGCGGAAUAGGUUCAAAGAGUAGGUCCCACAUGUGGCCCGGGGUGGUUGCAUUCAAUCAUAUCCUAAGCCAUUCCAGCCACAGCAGCAGCAGCAGCAGCCCCCGAUGAGAGACAAGUGCCAGCAGUCGUAACAAUAACAACAACAGUAAGAAAGGAGCUAUCGGUUGAAAAGUGAACGGUGCGAAAAAGUGUGAAUGUGGAAAAUCGUUCACCAGUUGGUGGUGCCAGUGCUGGUGAAGUUUAAAAAACGGGGGACGAAAGUGCCCUGGGAUCGCUAGUGUCUGGAAGAGUAGCAGAUAGAGGCAGUACACAAUCGGAAAAGUGCGCUCGGCGAUGGGAAAAAUGAAACACCACAUCGCAUUCAAAUUUAAUCAAGUGUUUCAUAUUAUAUUUAUCAAUAUCGUUAUUGCGCAGUUCACACUCGGAUUACAGCAAACAGCGGCCGACAAGGAGAAACAUGUGAAAUCGUCCGAGAUCCAGGCGGUGGAAGGAAGGAAAAUCUCUCUGCCGUGUCCAUUAUCGGCCCCGUCCAGAGAUAAGGUCUACAUGGUGCUCUGGUUCAAGGACGACGCCGGCAUCCCGUUAUACAGCUUCGACGUCCGGGGGAAACCGCUCCAGCAAGCCCGCCACUGGUCAGCGCCGGAAAGUUUCGGUCCACGUGCUCAUUUCAACACUGACACAGAUCCGGCUACGUUGGACAUCCAGGAUGUUCGACGACAUGACGAGGGUGUCUACCGCUGUCGAGUUGACUUUCGUACCAGUCAAACCCAGAGCUUUCGAUACAAUCUCAGCAUCAUUAGUCGGCCCCAACCAUCGGUCAAGUGGCUUAUCAACGGCAUCCUGGUGGAUGAGCAAUACGAACACAACUCUGGCGAUGUAAUCGAAAAUCGACUCCUCUGGGCGGCGAUUCAACGCUCCGAUUUGAACUCGAUAUUCACCUGCCAGGCAACCAAUACUCAACUGGCAGAGCCCAAAGAGAGCAGCUACGUGUUGGAUUUACAUCUGAAACCGCUGAGUGUGAAGAUAAUGAACCCGUCGACGCCGUUGGUUGCCGAACGUCGAUACGAAAUUUCCUGCGAAAGCGUUGGUUCGAGGCCAAAUGCGAUUAUAACCUGGUACAAAGGAAAGCGACAAUUACGCCGGGCAAAGGAGGAAAUUCUCAACAACACAACCCGUUCCGAGCUGAGCUUUGUACCGACCACGGAAGACGACGGCAAACUGAUAACAUGCCGAGCGGAAAAUCCAAAUGUCACCGGGCUGUUUCUGGAGACUUCCUGGAAGAUUGAAGUAGUGUAUCCACCAAUUGUUUCGCUACGGCUCGGAUCGACACUCUCGGCGGAAGACAUCAAGGAUAGUGACGAUGUUUACUUCGAGUGUCACGUCCAGGCGAAUCCUCCAUGGAGGAAAUUGCACUGGCUACACGACGGCGUAAUGAUAACUCACAACGCUUCCGCCCGUGUUAUUCGCUCGAACCAGAGCCUGGUGCUGCAGAAGGUGAACCGUAACUCGUCCGGAAAUUACUCGUGUAGCGCAAUCAACGCCGAGGGUGAAACAGUCAGCAAUCAGCUGGCACUACGGAUCAAGUAUGCUCCCGUGUGCGCAACGGAAAAAAUUAUCAUUGUGGGAGCCUUCCGCAGCGAGUCCCUUCACAUUCCCUGUGAGGUCCAGGCCGAUCCGCCUCCACGGCAGUUCUUCUGGAAGUUCAACAACUCGGGCGAAACGCUCGAGAUCAGCAAAGAGCGGUUUGUUAAAAACGGUUCACUAAGCCUGCUAAGCUACACGCCCGUCUCCGAUCAGGACUAUGGCACGCUGACCUGCUGGGGACAGAACGAGGUGGGCCUGCAGCAGUGGCCCUGCUUCUUCCAAGUGGUGCUUGCCGGAUUGCCAUCGACGGUGAAAAAUUGUACGAUAAACAAUCAAACGCAGAACUCGGUGGAAGUGCAGUGCAUAGCCGGGUAUGAUGGUGGUUUGCCGCAGAUUUUCAUGCUCGAACUGGUUUCGAGCAGAACGGGGAGACUGAGGUACAACGUAACCAACCCGGACGAACCAUACUUUGUGAUAGAAUCGUUAGAAUCGCUAAUCCACUACAACAGUAUCUACGAUGACCUGGGUGAUGACAACGCAUUCAAGGCAGUCAUCUAUGCCGUAAACCAGAAGGGAAGAAGUCAAGGUGUAGUCGUCAAAGAUUUUUUCCUCGAGAGCACGACCACAGAAAACCGAGCAGUUCUAACGAGCACCUCGCUGGACCACGUUUCGCCGAUUCUGUUCGGAGUUUUGCUCACUCUGCUGGUAUUGUGCUUCGUCAUCUUCGUGCGCGUUUACUACAUAAAAGCCACAACCACCUCCUCAACCAUCACGAAUGUUAACAGUGAUCUGGUUAACAACACGAAACAGCAUGGGUUGAAACAGGAUCAGUCUUCCAAGAAAAACGCCAAACAGAGCCCCCGAUGGCAACAUGGUGCUGGCAGUGGAGGAGGCGCCGGUGUGGGCGCUAGUGGUCCAGGUACCGGAACUGGUGACCACCAGCACGGAGCAGGCGUUGAUGGCACAACCCGGCCUGAUCCAACGGACGACGAUAGAGGCGAUCCGGACGUGAUUCCGGCGCAGUACGUGUCAAACGAUGGGGAAGAUUCCAGUUUCAAUUCGUCCAAAUGGCCUAAUGGGAGCUACUACGACCGAUACCCGAAUCAUGAUAUACGACCAACGGAGCUGCUGAUACCCCCGGCGGGCAGGGCUCAUCACAUCGGGGGCAUCGGAACCGGGCUCGGCGGCAGUGCGACAUCCACGCCGGUGGUAAAUCAAUUACAUCCGAAUAUUAAUCAAUGCGGUGACCCCUCGGCAAGCCUUAAGCUCGGGGCGUACUACACAUCGGGAACUGGUGCGGUUACCGCACUGGGCCCCCCGGUAGCAACCGGUCCAACGAUAGCACUGUACGGCGCAGGGCAUCAUCAAUCAAGCGGCCUAUUGCCCAACGGUGGACCGGACAGCAGUACCGGAGCGCAAGGGAUAAAUCCAAACGAUUACGACAUCAAUGUACAUACUAUCAAAAAUAUGCUAAUGACCACUAGGGUGCCGGAGAGCUGCGUUUAGUUGUUGUUCCUUAGUGUAUAGGGCUACGAGCGACGAGAGGAAAUGCCAAAACUUCCUCAGUCGACCGCGGAUCUUUUCUGCGUGUUUGUAUUUCUGAAUGUGUGUAUCAAAAUGGAUGAUAGUUCUGUAGUGUUAGAUUAGGCGAGUAUAAAUUCCACUAAAUAAAACUAUAACUAUUUGGAAACUAAAUUUUAAAUCAAACGGCGUUUAGCAACCCAACCCAUGACUAAUUUUUGCUAAGUAACACAUUGACAAGUAGCUCGACCUACUUUGAUAUAACUUCUUCAGCUGAUAGAAUCAGAAGAUUUCAAAAAUGCAAACAUAACCCGAUUGAAAGUUUAUUACAAGAUUCAAGAUUAUAUUCUUGCAGUCAAAUAUAAUUUUUUGUGAAAAGUAUUGAUAAUUAAAUAUUUUCCACUGGAAAUUGGUUACUAGAUUAUGAUUUUGCAACGAUUUUACACUACAAUCAAUUUUGCAUAUGUUUAGUUUUGCUAUGUGGCCGGGACAGUAGACAGUGAUGGAAACAAUCGGUAUCUUGUUUGAUAGUUCUGAUAAUUAUCAUACGAACCGAAUGUCUUGAAUGUAAAAUACCAGAUUUCAGUUACCGAGAUAGCUAACUAUAACAGUUCCCACACUGGUGAUUAUUUGCGAGUUACGAUCAAAAUUCGAAAACGUUUGAUUCAAAGAAAACAAUAUGUAAAUUAUAAAUUUACUAAGUGAAAAAAAAACUUCCAAGGCAAGAAUGAAUAAAGCGCGAAAGAACACAGCAUUUAUUCCAUUGCCUACAUUUGAUAAAAAAAAUCACAAAAACUACCGCUCUUAAUGCCUGUGAGAAAUACAAUGUGAACAAACAAAAAGUGGACAAAGUUUAUGUACCUAUGUAUUUUUGUGUACGGGAGAUAAAAAUAGAGAAACUGCAAAAAAAAAAAAUACAACGGAAGCGUUCAAGCGGUACCUUUACGCAAACAGUCUGCAGGCGUGUUAAAUAAAUUAUUGUAGAAGAGUUCCCGAGAAAUGAAAACAUGGGAAUGCAGCAAAUACAACUUAGUGAUACUGACUUCGUUUGACCGUGUUCCUAUUUACUUCAGUUAUACAGAGCAAGCAAGUAUAAUAUGUAUAAUUGCCCGGUGCCUCCGUUAACCAUAGAAAAAAAGUAACGUUGAAUGCAUUAAAUGAGUUUAUUUAUGUAAUGAAAUUAAGGAGCAUUCGAAGGAUGGAUUUUUUAAAAUUCAAUUGCGUAUGUGCCAAGAAAACCAUAUCCUAGAAAGUAAAAUCGAACAAUCUUCCAUCCACUGGUCAUUACAUUUUAAAUUAGACAAUUGUAUUGUUCAGUUUUGGUGCAUCAAGUUUAUCCCUAUAGUGAAAGGACUGUGUGAUAAAACUAUACAUAUUGGUUGCCCUACAUAUCCUAUCCAUUAGCAUUUUUGCAUAUGUUUUGGAACCUGUUGAACGAGCUGAGAGGAGAAAGUGUAUCCAAAGUUAGACGGGAAAAAAUUUCCAGAUGUACAUACAGUGAAUGACCCUAUAGAGAGUAAGUUGGUCAUUGUGAAGCGAAAUCAACCGAAUAAGAAACAUCAUUUAGAAAACUAAGAAAUUGUAAGACAAAAACAUUGUUAUAAAAAAGACACAAAUAUAAAACACUCUUUCUGAAAAGAUCC